GCAAGAAGAGAAACCCUGGGCUGAAAAUUCCUAAAGAAGCAUUUGAGCAACCACAGACAAGCUCCACGCCACCCAGAGAUCUAGACUCCAAAGCCUGCAUCUCUAUUGGCGAGGAGAACUUUGAGGUGAAAGCUGAUGACCUGGAGCCCAUCUCCGAGCUGGGACGAGGUGCGUACGGGGUGGUGGAGAAGAUGCGGCACAUGCCAAGCGGGCAGAUCAUGGCUGUGAAGCGGAUCCGAGCCACAGUGAACAGCCAGGAGCAGAAGAGGUUAUUGAUGGAUCUGGAUAUCUCCAUGAGGACGGUAGAUUGCCCCUUCACUGUCACCUUUUACGGGGCACUUUUCCGAGAGGGAGAUGUGUGGAUUUGCAUGGAGCUGAUGGAUACCUCACUGGACAAGUUCUACAAACACGUCAUUGACAAAGGCCUGACGAUCCCUGAGGACAUCUUAGGGAAAAUAGCUGUCUCUAUUGUAAAAGCACUAGAACAUCUACACAGUAAGCUCUCCGUGAUCCACAGAGAUGUAAAGCCCUCUAACGUGUUGAUCAAUACGCAGGGGCAGGUGAAAAUGUGCGAUUUUGGAAUUAGCGGUUACCUCGUUGACUCGGUUGCUAAAACCAUGGAUGCAGGAUGCAAACCCUACAUGGCUCCUGAAAGAAUUAACCCGGAGCUGAACCAGAAGGGGUACAGCGUCAAAUCCGAUAUCUGGAGCCUGGGGAUCACAAUGGUAGGGUGGCGGGGUGGCAAUGGGAAUAGGGCUCGUGGGGAGCCAUCGCCGCAGCUCCCGGCGGAGAAGUUCUCAGCAGAGUUCGUCGAUUUUACCUCGCAAUGCUUGAAGAAGAAUUCCAAAGAGCGGCCGACAUACCCAGAGCUUAUGCAACAUCCUUUCUUCACCCUGCACGAAUCCAAAGAGACAGACGUCGCCUCUUUUGUCAAACUCAUCCUGGGAGACUGAGAACUGGACUUGUAAAUGAAUUGCCCUUCUGUGGACUGGUGGGUGCAGGGGAGGGGCGCGUGGCAGGACUUGUCAUGAAAGCACCAACAGAAAGUCGCCGUGUUUCGUUUUGUUUUGUUUUUAUUCUGAGAAACCCCCGCCUCGACGAAGUUUUUAAAAGGGUUCUUUGGUAUCCAUAGUGACAUAGAACGAGCUGGUUAGUGAAAUGAAUUUUAAUAAGGUUGGUAACCUUAAAACAAAAACAAAACAAAAAAAAAAUUGAGAGAGUGAUUUACAUAUUUAAUGACAGUCAAAAUCCCUCUUCCUAACUUUCUCCUUGUCCCCCCUUUCCUUCCCCCUGAACCGGAAUUUGCUUUGUCAUGGUAAUAGGUGCUAUGGUAGUCAUGAAGUUGUAUGUAGAUUUAUAUUUUGUCCCUUCCAUUAUUUUAAUAUUUAUGUUAAGUGCUUGAUGGAAUAGAUUUCUGUUUUAUAUGA